UUAACCUACACACUUGUGUUAUUAAUUUUGGCCCGUUGCUUGAAUAAAAGUUACCAGAUCUCUGGGGUGAACAUUAUUUUGUAACCAUCCUAGGCCAACCACCUUAUACACAUUAUACACAUAUACACACAAAUUAUACACACAUAUUUGCACUCAAAACCUUGCCUUAUAAUUUUUAUUUCUAUAAUUUUAAGCCUACAUACACACACACACAUCAUUACACCACAUAGCUCAUUAGUAUUUACGCGGUGAACCCAACCAAUGCUAGCUGAGCUAUAACACCACUACACACGAAUUACAGAAUUACACAGGUUGAUCGGUGUGUGACAAGAUGCGUGUAGAGUUACGGUGCCCGGGCGCACGGACUAUAAUUGAACGUACCUGGCCCGUACAAUGGUAAUAAGUGAAUACUAUUCAACAGUAGUAAUCCUUAUAUAUAUAAAAGAACAGUCCUUUUUUAUGUACCAAUUUUGUGACGACGCUAUUUAACUUUUUUCCAAUUUUUUUUCACAAAGUUGUUCCAAAUACCUUCGUGAGUGUCACCACGUCGCCUGAUUUUCAAAAUUUUGAUUUUAAAGGGUUGUAAUUGGCAAAAAUAAAUUUAUACGUGUAAUUUGUAUAUCUAUAUUCAUAUAAUAAAUAACAAUAGCAGUCGGCCGAUAACGGGAAAUACGAUACGGCAUGGCGGUCCGAAGGUUUCCGUCUACCUGGACUCUGACCUUUUUUUUGUGUGUGUUAUGAAUUGUUCCGAGGCUAUAUAAUAAACUAUUUAAUGAGUUGUAUAGAAAACACUGACUAAAAAUAAUAAUACAUUUCUUAUCGAAAUGCGAUAAACGUGUUACGACCGACGAUCCGUCAGACGCCGAACGCGUUUUUUUGUAAAUACUAUUAUUAUUAUUUUUGUUGUCUUUAUAAUUCAGCAACUACUACUUUUUUAGCACUUGAUAGCAUUAAGUAAAAUACAUUUUUUCUUCUUUAAAACACAACAAUUUGUGUUGAUUUAAGAAUUUAAUUUUAAUAAAACAAAAACUACACACGGGCGAAGCCGGGUAAUUCAGCUAAUAAUAUAUAAAUGAGGCCUUAACCUAUAUUAGUUUUAUAACUAAGGCGAACACAGAACGAUCCACCGUAAUAACAGUUUAAGUAUAAAAUAAUAAAAUUCAUAUAAUUAACAAAAACAAACAUUUAGAUUGAUAAUACAAUAAUAAUAAUAUAAUGAUACGACCUGAUACCGGUGAUAUGGCACCGAGAUGGAACAACUGGUCUAAUGCCGGGUCCACACAGAGACGACACAGAAACAAAACAAAAACCAAACUCAAACCCUUCUUUUUGAAGUUUGAAAAAAAUAAAACACAAACAAAACAUGUGUCCAUACUGAGUUGAGGAAAAAUUAAACAAAACAUGAACAAAAUUCAAACAUUUGUUCGUGUUUUGUUUUUGUUUUCAACUAUCCAUACAGAAAUAUAAACUCGUCAUAUUAUUUCGUUCAUCCGUGGUCAUUCAGUAUUUUAGUCUGUCUUCAGAGUUCUAGUCUUCGUACUUACAAGUUUUUUAAAUUUUUUUUACUGUGAGUGAAAAUGUGGAAAUUGAAAAGAGAUAUUGAAGACGAUGAAGAUUUACUUAUGUUGGGUGCUGGGUAUAUUUACCUACAGUUACAAAGCAAAAAAAAAAAUAAUAAGAUUAAAAGACGUUUUUGGGUAAGACCAACUUUACAAAAAAGAAAUUUGUUUGGUGUCGAUGAACUUCUAAAGAAUUUACAAGAUGAUGAUAUUGGUUUGAAUGGAGAAUUUCGAUCUAGCUUUAAAAACUUUUUGAGGAUGUCAACUGAAGAUUUCGAAAACUUAAUAUGUCUCAUUGGUCCAGCAAUCCACAAACAAAAUACUAAUUGGAGAACUGCUAUUAGUGUGACUGAACGUUUAGCUCUGACUUUAAGGUUCUUGGCAACGGGAGACUCUUACCAUAGCAUGAUGUAUCAAUUUAAAAUAUCUACUCAGUCAAUAUCACUUAUAGUUCCGGAAGUUUGUGAAGCAAUAGUCAAUGCUCUGUCGGAGUAUAUUAAGAUGCCUUCAAGCUCAGAAGAAUGGAAAAAAAUAGCUAUUGAUUACAAUAAAAUUUGGAAUUUUCCUCAAUGCGUCGGAUCUAUGGACGGAAAACAUGUUGUUAUUGAAGCACCAAUACUAAGUGGAAGUGAUUUUUAUAAUUAUAAAGGCACAUUCAGCAUUGUACUAUUUGCUAUUGUAGAUGCUAACUAUAAUUUUAUUUACGUUAAUGUUGGUUGUCAAGGCCGUAUAUCAGACGGAGGAGUAUUUAAAAGUACUGGAUUCCAAAAGCUCAUGGAAAAUUCUACUUUGAACCUUCCAGAUAAAAGAGCGCUGCCAGGUCGCGACAAAUUGAGCCCAUAUGUUUUUGUAGCUGAUGAUGCUUUUCCUCUUUCACCCAAUAUAAUGAAACCCUAUAGCGGACAUCAGCCUAAAGCUUCGAAAAACCGUAUAUUCAAUUACCGUCUCAGUCGUGCUAGGAGAGUUGUAGAAAACGUAUUUGGUAUAAUGGCGUCAAUAUUUAGAGUAUUUCGAAAACCUAUGCUACUGCAACCGGAAAAAGUUGAUAAAAUAGUAUUGGCUUGUGUUCAUCUUCAUAAUUAUUUAAGAAAACAUUCUUCGAAAACCACAUACAACCCACCAGGUACAUUUGAUUCAGAACAAUUAGAUAAUGGAACAGUAGAAACAGGAUUAUGGAGAAGAGAACAUCAGAGUUUACAAUCAUUUUUACCUAUUCAUCAAGUUCCCCGAAAGUCAUCGAUCGAAGCUGCAGAAGUAAGAGACGAAUUUAGUGAAUACUUCAUCUCACAUGAAGGUGAAGUUCCAUGGCAAUUAAACUAUUGCUAAUUUUGAAAACACUAUUAUUAAUAUAUUUUUUUAAAAUAUAUUUUACUACGAAAAAUAUUACUACGAAUAAACUAUUGUUGUUCAAAGGUUUCAACUAAAUUAAACACUAAAUAUUUCGAAUUAUUAUUAUCAUUAUUAUUUUUAAUUGUUAUUGUAAGGUAGGUAUACUUAAUAGCGAAGUAACGUAAAAAUUAUAUUUUUUUAAACAUAUUGGAAAGAAUUUAAAUUUCAUUCACGAUAGUACCUAACUUGAA